AAAGAGAAACUGAAAGAACGAGUGUGAGUUCAGAGCAGUGAUCGUCGGGAGGAGGUUACUUUCACUAUGUCGUCAGACGAGGACUUCUCUCUGGUUCCGGAUUCACAAUCCGAGGACACCUUGGAGGGGAUUAAGGCUUCAAUCAAAAACUACAAGAAAAAGUAUGACCAGCUGAUGGAGGAGACAAAGGAGCUGACUAAAACUAUACAAGACCGGCGAGAUCUGAAGCAGCAGUUCAAACACCGCACUGACAAACUGACCCAGGAUCUGGAAGCUGACAAACGCUCCUACAAAGACCAGCUAGCCAAUGAAAAGUCGAAGCUGGAUCUGCUAAAGCAGGAGGAGCUCAAAGUGGUGGCGGAGAUCAAGGAAACUAAUGCUGCUAUUAAGGAGGAAGAGGCCAAUAAGAAGCAGCUGAUGCAACAGGCCGACGUGUUCACCUCUGUACCAGAGAGGGACAUGGUCUUCAAGGGAGCGACUGGAAAUGCAAACAACAAGCAAGAGUUUGAGAUGAAGCCACAUAUCGUUUACCCGAUGGAUGGCGGGACGGCGCUGAUUACCUUCGAGGAGGAAGUCGUGGCAAGGAAGAUUCUGGAACUGAAGAAGCAUCAGGUGGAUCUGGGAGGAGAGUGCAGCAUCACAGUGGAGGCCAGGCCGGUUCAUCUGAUGCUGCCCAAGCUGGUGGAGAUCGACUCUGAGGUUUCUUCUCAGCGUAUUUUAAUCUCCAACCUGCCCAGAAUGGAGACCGAGACUCAAAUCGAAGCUUUCCUCUACAACCCGCUGGGAGAGCACACCUCUGCUGUGUUUGGAGGCGUCACACCAGACUCUGAGGAUGAGGAACAGUAG